AUGCGACCUGUUCACCAGCGACCUACCGAUCCAGAGCAUUUGACAUUAGAAGAACUAGCACAGCUAGUGUCCACCACGGAAGGUUAUCUCGCAAGAGAUUGGAGUUUGAACCUUGGCUGGAAUAAUAUGCGGUAUAUUAUCGAAUCAGCAUUACUACAAGCCAAACUUCUUCGCCGGACACUUAUUAUCCCUUCGUUCAUCUAUGCGCGUAGUUGCGAGUACGAUUUGCAUGUAUGUUCCGACUACGCUACGAUGGUUAACAAAGGGGAUGCAUUGGGAAGCAAGGAAUGGCUCGAUCUUCCCACUGAACAACAGAUGGCCUGGGUUCUACCCAUAAAUCUGAUGAUCAACGUCACCAAUCUCCGCCAAUCACACCCAGUCAUCACUGUAUCUGAUUAUCUUCGCUUGCAUGGUCAUGACAGCGAUGCCGAAGCUCCCGACGGACAAUGGCAGAGAGUAUCCUACCAUCUGACAGAAAAUGUACUCACAGGGAAGAUUCCGGAACUGUAUGUCAUCGAGAAUGGGUGGUAUGACCCUCCCGGAACCGUGAGGGUUGAUGAGAUGGUCACAACUAAUAACGAGGCAAAUGAUUUGGAUGCGGACGAAGGAGGAAUUUAUAGAACACUACAAGACGCUCUUCCAGGUGAUCAAGUACUUCUGAAUUGGAAUACUGCACAGCAGGUGCUGGGCCUCUCAAGCGACGAAGACCUUGAGAGGGUGAUAGUUGACAAUGGAUGGGAAGUGGUACACACUUUUAAGCCCCUAUUAGGGAUGGAGUACAGCAAGGCAGUAGUGGAUCCAAUACGACAGGUCGCACCUCGAAAAGCGUUACGUGGAUUCAAGAAUGAUUUUGAAGGUCGAAAGGAAGACGUUGUACUGCUUGCUGGAGAAGUACAUUAUGGACGGAAGCCCGGGUCUAUGCGAUUUACAACACGUGCUGCUUUGGAUGAAUAUGUCGGCUUGGUGCUAGAUGACGUCCGCAGGAUUGACACCGUCUCAGCUCUCGCGGAUGCAAUGGUUGAGCGCAUGUACACGUUCACGGAAGGGAGACUUUGGAUGGGGGCACAUAUGCGCCGCGGAUACAACUGGGUGAUGGAGAAGACACCAGAAGAGCAUAUCGCCAGAGUCAAGAACCAUCUAAAGAAAGGCAGAGAGUUCAUAGGUGCUGUGAGAAAGGGGAAGGAGACAUUGAAAACCUCCGAUGUCCCAGAAUCGCUACACAUUACACCAGACAUGGACAUCCUCAAGAGAAAGGUGCCAUUACCGGGAGACUGGUUCUAUGUUGCAACAGACGAGCGGGACACAACGGUCUUGGAGGGAUUCCGUCGAGAAGGUGCCGUCUUCAUGGAUGAUCUCCUCACCGUCGAAGAUCGACGCGGCGAGUUAUCGUGGCCAUUGAUGCUUACUGAUUUUCGUGGCUUGGUGGAGCAGCUUGUCUUAUCGCGGGCUGCAUUCUUUUACGGGCAUGCGAUGAGUUCAGUUGCAGGCGGUGUGAUGAAUCUACGAGCGAUGCGAGGGAUGGACCCGCGCACUGCAGAUGUGGACUGA